GACCUGUGACUAGCUUCACGCCGCACCUCUGCUGUCAUUACCUUUAGAGGUUGAAGGGAGUAAAGUAAAUAAUUAAUUGUUGAUAUUGAAAGGCAUAAACAACCGCAAGCCGCCAAUGGCUUUCAACAAUUUCCUGGACUUCUUCCAGAAAGGCAAGACUUUCCGGCCCAAGAAACAGUUCGCUCAUGGAACGAUACGGUACAGCCUGCAUAAGCAGGCCCAGGCCAGCCUCAAUUCGGGCAUCAACCUGCGGGGCGCGGUCAAAUUGCCGCCUGGGGAGGAUUUGAACGAUUGGAUCGCCGUCCAUGUGGUGGAUUUUUUCAAUCGCAUCAACCUGAUCUAUGGAACGAUUUGCGACGACUGUACGGAGCAAACGUGCCCGACAAUGUCUGGGGGGCCUCGGUUUGAGUACCUUUGGGCGGAUGGGGGCAAGUUCAAGAAACCCACUCCUCUGCCGGCCCGGGAGUACAUCAGCUACCUGAUGGACUGGAUCGAGAUGCAGAUCAACAAUCAGGCGGUGUUCCCGUGCACCAGCGACAUGCCAUUUCCGAAGAACUUCGCCACGCAAUGCUGCAAGAUACUGGCUCGUUUGCACAGGGUGUUUGUCCACGUUUAUAUUCAUCAUUUUCAGAAUGUUGUGGCCAUAUCUGCGGAGGCGCACGUUAACACUUGCUACAAGCAUUUUUACUACUUUGUCACCGAACACAAUUUGGUCAGUCGGAAGGAGUUGGAGCCCUUAAAGGAGAUGGCUUCGAAGAUAUGCAAAGAUCCGCCCGCGUAAGCGAAUGCUCGGGUUCCUCCAUGUGAGGGGUAAUAUUUAGAUACACAUAUUCAGGAAGGGUCUUUAAGUGCUGGCAGAAAGUGGCAAGUUCCACCCGCACUUAAAAACCACCCUGUAUAUUACAUGUUGCUCACUAACGACAAAAAUAACCAUGACUGAUUUUGAUUCUGCUGAAUACUUGAAGCGAUUUUACCGUUUCAAUUUCUAACGGUUAAAUGGCAAGAUUUUGAGAAACUCAAACGCAAUCGCUUGAAGUAUUUGCGCAUUAAGCCGAUUAACGGUUUUGGAAAACUGUUUAAAAUUUUCGAGCAUUUUCGCACUUUUUCAGCCCGAAACUGAGCCCAGUAUACAACAAAAAAUUGUACUAGUUAUAGUGUUGCAUUAUUGAUUUAUGCCAGUAUUUUGGCCAAAGUUUACUCGAAUUAAGUGGAUAUUGUGUAGAUAGUGUUGUGCAAUGUUGUUUUCUAUUUUGUUAAAAUUGGUUCGAAACUUUCUUUAUAAGCUUUAAAUCGCGACUUAUCCGGUGUGGCAUUGUUUCCUUAAUUUAUUGAAAUUACUCUGUAUCAAAAUAAAGUACAAAUAACAUUUA